UCGCUCAUCGCUGCUCCAGCCUCCACUCCGCAGCAGAUGUGACUCGCGCCAUGCACGACGGUGCUGAUCGCACACGCUGCCACGGCUGCGACAAGAACGGUGUGCAAAAGUUACCAUCGGUGCCAUCACGAUGCCGAUGCGGCCUCGCCGGCGCCGAGAGCUGCGGGAGGCGGCCGGCUCCCGUCAAAAUCAAUGCUCCCACGAGGUGCCAGCGCCAGCAUUCUGGAACACCGCCACUCACAGCCGCAACCGCGUCUUGGCCACCCAAAUUCGACGAAGAAUCACUGCCAUGUGCAGCACCACGAGAGCGAAGGCUCCCACACUCAUCGAGGCACGCGAGCUCCCUGUUCCUGAACAGCACAUGCGGGCUUCUUGCCAGCUCCGUGCUGUGCAUGUGCACCGUGAAGAUCCCCAAAACCCUUCAACUAUGCUACCCGAGCCGCCGCAAGUCUGCGCAUCGUCUGCACCAUUGAGUUCACGCCUAGUAUGCAGCGCCAGUCCAGCUCGGGUUAUCACAUUUUGGCGAACAACGGUGCAGACUGCAGUGGCUCAAUAUGAUAGUCCAGCCCUCAACGGCCGUCCAUGGAGGUGUGAGUAUCUAUAACGCCUUCACUCUCGCCGGCAGUGCUCCUUUCUCUGCAACUCACGCCCAUAUUUUUCUACUUGAUCGAGCAUUCGAGGUCAAUAUUCACCUAGCAACGAGCUUCUGGUCGUAGUGUGCCACGCCCCUUACAGCGACAUCGGCUCUUCCAUACAGGUGCGGACCAGCAGACGACUUCAAACUCAAUGCGGUUCUUCGCAUGGCUGCAGUCCCUCCGUGGGAAGGACCAUGAGGAUCCACGCCACUCACACUCCCCAUAUCAGCGAGCGGACCGAUCGUCGACAUUUUCGAGCACACUCGACCGCAACCAUCGCGCAUCCGCAGUGAGAAGCCCGGAUGCAGAAUCAAGCCGCCCAAAGGAUUCUCGGAGGAGUCGUGGACUGUCCAUGUCACGAACAAGGUCGAUAUACAACAAUCGCCGCAGUUGGUUUGGUGGCCGUCCCGAUACGGACGAACAAGUGCCAGAGAUGCCGAAGACAGUGCGUGCCGGUCAGGCAAAGGACAUUCCACUCUCCGUGCUCCCUUCCAGCCCGGCCGAGCAAGCCACUGGUCAGCCGCGCGCAGCGAAGCGACAGUCGUCGAGAUUCACUCAGAACGAGAGAGGGCCAGUGGCACCACUGCCAGCACUGCCCUCGAUGCCCGUUACCGUUGAUAGAUCAGCACAACCGGCCACGUCCACUCUGCCCGCAGAAAAGCGACGCAGCAGACAUGCUUCGACGAGCACUCUUCGAAGGCAGCCCAGCAUCAGCAGCAUCAAAUCAAGACGAUCUCGCUCCUCAUUCUGGGUGUCUUCUAACCCAGACGAUUCCGACUCUGAUAUUCCGCCUGUUCCACCUCUCUGCCGCGGCGAGUCGUCGGAGUCAGUACGAAGGGAUGAUUCGGAAGACGACGUGCGCCUGUCUCGCCGUCUCACACGUAACAACACUGAGCCUGCGAAGUCACGACCUGUCAGCGUGGUGAGCACAAUGUCUCGAAAGUCAUACGUGCCACGAUCGGCUGCGAAGGGCUUCUUGAACUCUACCAACGGCGCGUCAGACGAAUCGCGCAAGAGCUUCAGGAAGUCUUUCAACAUGGAAGACGACAGCGCCAUGGUGUGCUUGACUGAGGAACAGCGGAUCGAAUGGGCGAAGUUGAUGAACGGCGACAUGAAGCUUGCAGAGGCAACACGAACAUCGACUCCGGAGAUGGACAAGGGAGACAACAAUCCUCCCAGAAGACCAAGCUACGCUAACUCGCAAGCUCUCGCUGCUUUGGAGUUUGGUAUUCGGUGAGCGCCUGCUGGCUUGCACGAUGUGGCCUAUGACUUGAUGAUUUCCUUUUACCUUUUCCUUGCAUGUAUGGAAUCUCUAUGGUACAGAAGCAGACCAAAUCGGUCGUGUCUCACUCAUGUUGGCGUUUGUUGCAUUUUGUACAGC